CCAGCCCCAUUGACUAAAAACAACUCGAAUUUUCCCUGUUCCAAUGGCAGUUGCUGGGCGAAAACUGAAACGGAGCCAUCGAGACUAACCACACCGAGACAAACAUAUAUAUAUAAACAGUUGCAAUACGCUUGUGUAUCUAGAGAGAGAGAGAGAGAGAGAGAGAGAGAGAGAGAGAGAGACUCUGUUUGCAUCAGAUCUGGAGAUCUAGGCGUCAGGCUCAGUUUGGUUGAUGGAAAAUGGAGCGCUUCGACAACUUGCCGGAAAUGGAUCUGAUGCGGUCGGAGAAGAUGAGUUCCGUCCAACUCAUAAUGCCCGUCGAGUCCGCGCAGCGAGCCGUAUUGUACCUCGGCGAUCUCGGCCUUCUUCAAUUCCAAGACUUAAAUGCUGAUAAAAGCCCUUUCCAACGAACAUUCGUUAAUCAGGUUAAAAGAUGUGGAGAGAUGUCAAGGAAGCUACGGUUUUUCAAAGAUCAAAUACAUAAAGCUGGCCUAAUGUCUUCUGCUCGUCCUCCCUUGCAACCGGAUCUGGAUUUGCAGGAAUUAGAGGUACUACUUGCUGAGCAUGAACAUGAGUUAAUUGAGAUGAACAACAACAGUGAGAAGCUACGGCAAACGUACAAUGAGAUGCUGGAGUUAAAGAUGGUACUACAGAAGGCAGUUGGUUUCCUUGUUUCAAGUAACGGCCAUUCAGCUGCAGAGGAAACAGAGUUAGAUGAUCGUGUGUACUCUAAUGGUGACUAUGCAGAUAGUGACUAUGCAGAUACAGCAUCUUUACUUGAACAGGAGAUGCGACCAGGGCCAUCAAAUCAAUCUGGUUUAAGAUUUAUUAGUGGAAUUAUUAGUAAGGCCAAGGUUCUUAAUUUUGAACGGAUGUUAUUUCGAGCUACAAGGGGCAACAUGCUUUUUAAUCAGGCACCGACGGAUGAACAAAUUGUGGAUCCUGUAUCAACCGAAAUGGUUGAGAAAAUAGUGUUUGUAGUGUUCUUUUCGGGGGAGCAAGCAAGGACAAAAAUAUUGAAAAUUUGUGAAGCAUUUGGGGCAAAUUGCUAUCCUGUACCAGAAGACAAAACAAAACAGAGGCAACUAAUGCGAGAAGUUUUGUCACGUCUCUCUGAAUUGGAGGUCACCUUGGAUGCUGGAAUCCGUCAACGAAAUAAUGCCCUUUCUUCCAUUGAAAGUCAGCUACCAAAAUGGACGAACAUGGUCAGAAGGGAGAAAGCUGUUUAUGAUACAUUGAACAUGCUGAAUUUUGAUGUGACAAAAAAGUGUCUUGUUGGAGAGGGCUGGUGUCCAAUAUUUGCGAAACCUCAGAUUCAGGAAGCUUUACAACGGGCAACAUUUGAUAGCAAUUCACAAGUGGGUAUAAUAUUUCAUGCAAUGGAUGCUGUGGAAUCACCUCCAACUCACUUCAGAACCAACCGCUUCACCAGUGCAUUCCAGGAAAUUGUUGAUGCAUAUGGUGUUGCAAGAUAUCAGGAAGCAAAUCCUGCAGUUUAUACCAUCGUUACAUUUCCGUUUCUUUUUGCUGUGAUGUUUGGGGACUGGGGUCAUGGAAUAUGCUUGUUGAUGGGAGCCUUAUUCCUUAUAGCUCGUGAAAGUAAACUUGGUUCUCAGAAACUUGGCAGCUUCAUGGAGAUGCUAUUUGGCGGCCGUUAUGUGCUCCUCUUAAUGUCACUGUUCUCAAUUUACUGUGGGUUGAUUUACAACGAGUUCUUUUCUGUUCCAUUUCAUAUAUUUGGACUGUCUGCUUACAAGUGCCGAGAUACUACAUGCAGUGAUGCAACUUCUAUUGGUUUAGUCAAAGUCCGAGAUGCAUACCCAUUUGGUGUCGAUCCCAGCUGGCGUGGAAGCCGUUCAGAGCUUCCUUUCUUGAACUCGCUCAAAAUGAAAAUGUCAAUUUUGUUGGGUGUCACCCAGAUGAACCUCGGAAUCAUAUUAGGUUACUUCAAUGCUCGUUUCUUUCGUAGCUCGCUGGAUAUUAGGUACCAGUUUGUGCCACAGAUGAUCUUUCUAAACAGCCUUUUUGGUUAUCUAUCACUUCUCAUUAUCAUCAAGUGGUGCACUGGUUCUCAAGCUGACCUUUAUCAUGUGAUGAUUUACAUGUUUCUGAGUCCCUUUGAGGAUCUUGGUGAGAAUCAAUUGUUUUGGGGCCAGGGAUUCAUUCAGAUCAUAUUGUUGUCUGCAGCGCUUGUUGCAGUUCCUUGGAUGCUUUUUCCGAAACCUUUUAUUUUGAAGAAACUUCAUUCAGAGCGAUUUCAAGGACGCACAUAUGGUAUCCUUGGAAGCUCUGAGAUGCAUCUCGAUAUGGAACCUGGUUCUGCAAGGGAACAUCAUGAGGAAUUUAAUUUUAGCGAGGUCUUUGUACAUCAAAUGAUACAUUCGAUUGAGUUUGUUCUUGGUGCUGUUUCCAAUACUGCAUCAUACCUUCGGCUUUGGGCUUUAAGCUUGGCCCAUUCUGAAUUAUCGACUGUCUUCUAUGAGAAAGUCCUCCUCCUUGCCUGGGGGUACGACAAUAUCUUCAUCCGGUUGGUGGGGCUUGUGGUUUUUGCCUUUGCAACAGCCUUCAUUCUACUAAUGAUGGAGACCCUUAGUGCUUUCCUUCAUGCGUUGCGUCUCCACUGGGUGGAAUUCCAGAACAAGUUUUAUCAUGGAGAUGGAUACAAGUUCAGACCUUUCUCCUUUGCUUUAUUAAGUGAUGACGACGACUAGUUCAUUCACGUGUUUUUCUAAAUUUUGCGAGGAACGGAACAAAUACUUUCAACAACAGCCCAAGGCGAGAGUGGAUAUUCCUACACAACCUGCUGUCACGAAAUUAGUGCUUGUUCACUUUUAACACCAUCCGGCUCUAUUAGCUUAAAAAUGUAAAAUCCUAGCUCAGGUUCUUUGAAUAUGUAGGUAUAAGGGAUUCCGCGCCAGGGUCAUCGUGAGUUGGUCAACAAAAGAACUUGUAAUUUUUUUCCCUUGUUAAUUUGUGUCUCAAUGGGGGGUUGGGAGUUGGUUGCUUUUGUGAAGAUGGAUUCCCUUGUACCAUGCGCCUCCAGGGUGCUAAAUCUUUUGGCGAUGCCGAUUCAUUGCAUUUUACACAUACACACACACGCUAGUUAGUGUGGAUUUUGCAGGGAAUUUUGUUAUAACGAGUAACAUCAUAUAUUGAUAAAAGCUAUGACAAUAAUGAUUCAGAGAAGUAAAUUCAGCUUUACGUCUA